ACAAUAUAAAAGCAAACCGCCUCCGAGAACACGAGUUCCCAACAUCCUCCUAUAUACUGCCAGUAUAACACUUAAAAUGCCGAUCGCUCUCAACCCCUCUGACGCUGACACAACCAAAUUUAAGGCUGCUGCAGUUCAGGCUGAACCCGUAUGGCUUGACCUCAAAGGAGGCGUCGAAAAGACCAUAAGGAUCAUCCGUGAGGCCGCCGCUGAAGGGGCAAAGAUUAUCGGUUUUCCUGAAGUCUUCAUUCCAGGCUAUCCUUGGACGCCAUGGGCAAACAAUUUCGCCGUUACUCAGGUCGUCUUGAAAGAAUACCAAGCGAACUCCAUGGCACUUCACUCGAAGGAAAUGGACCAAAUUCGGGAUGCGAUCAGAGAAGCAGGUGUAAACGUGGUCCUUGGUUUUUCUGAACGUGAUGGCGGCUCCCUUUAUAUCGCGCAAGUUACUAUCACAGCGGACGGUAAUAUUGCCAACCAUCGUCGGAAAAUCAAGCCCACACACUACGAGAAAACCGUCUUCGGAGACGGAAGCGCCCAGUCAAUCUAUAACGUAGUCCAGACUCCAUACGGAAGGUUGGGUUCUUUGAAUUGUUGGGAGCACAUCCAGCCAUGGUUGAAGACCGUUUUUUAUUCUCAGCAUCCACAGAUUUUCGUGGGUGGGUGGUGGCCCGCAUUUGAGCCACAUACAGGUGGAUCGCCCUACAUAGUUAGUGGAGAGGCGUCUAGCCGGAUGAGCCAACUUGUGUCCAUGGAGGGCGGCCUUUUUGGGAUCGUUUGCUGUCAAGUAGUCAGCGAAGCAGGUGCGGAAAAGAUGAAGUUGCUUGGAUACCCUUGGUUCACCUUUCCCGGAGGUGGAUUCUCUGUGAUAUACGGGCCCGACGGGUCUGCAUUAACAGAGCCUGUAGACCCGGGAAAAGAGGUUAUCGUAUACGCCAAUAUCUCCCUCGACAAGAUUGAUGAAGUCAAACUCGUCGCAGAUAUCAUGGGGAAUUACUCUCGUUUUGACUUAUUCCAUACUGAGAUUCACGGAAAGAAUUGGCUGCCUAUUACGUAUGGCGACGAGGAAGAAGAAGCGGCGUCGAAAGACCAACGAGCAGACAUUGAUAAUGAAGGACAUAGUCACAAGCAUGAAUCCUUCUAGCAAGUACUGGCAGACCUAAAGUAGCUAGGUUGUUCAGAUGUAUAAGAUUAUGCCCAGAAUUACCAAACACGACUUACUUCCCCAC